CUAUACAAGCAACUAAUUAGAAUACUUUAGUUAAAUUAUUUAUGUAAGAUUUAUAAAAGAUAACUUAUGUAGCUGAUUUACAUGGGUAAACAGUGAUGGACUAACACUGUGGGUAUUGAUACUGGGGGCAAGCAAAAAAUUUUUUAACCCAAGCGUUACGUAAAAAACUUUAGACUUUUUGGUAAAUUUUAUUUAACAAGAAGUCAAAAAUUAAUAAUUGUCAACUUAAAUUCAAUAAAAUAUGACCAUAAAAAUUUUUGUGCUGCUUGGGACCUUCCUGCUAUAAAAAUGCAUUUUUCACGGUGCCCUCAGGCAACAUAAGGUAAAUUCGGCCCUGCGGAUAAAGAGCGCAAAAUGGCUACAGCGGAAUUUUUCCAACUUAAAUAGGUGUUGUCAUUAGUGGAGUUCAUAACCAUAAUAUUUAUAAAUAUACCACAAGGCUUCAUAUGCAUAUGGGAGUGGACUAAUGUACAUUUAAUUAUUUUAAAUUUAUAAUCGCAUUUAAUUGUUUAUAAAAAAACGUAUUUGGAAGUGCAUGGAAAAAUAGUUAAAUAUAUUUUGGUCUUAUACAACUACACUUGAAAAUUUUCGGGUAAUUUUUAUAAAACAACAAAAUGCCAAAGCCAAUAAGAUAUAUGAGUAAAAGAAGAAUUUAUCAGAUGAUUAAUGAUGAAAUUAAUACCUCAUCAAGAACUAAAAGAAUUUGCAAUCAUCAAACGAAUUAUUUAAUCCCAACAGAAGAAAAUAAUUCAGCAGAAACUGUGAACAGUAUUUCAGUAGUGAGUACUGAUACAUCUUAUACAGGUGAAAACGGUGGUCAUAAUGUCGCUGAACAAAACGAGGAUCAUCAAGAUGAAGUAGAUGCUGGAAAUAUUGAUCUCCCCAUAGUAGAUAAUCGAACUGAAGGACUACAUGAACUAGAAUGUGUACAAUUUUAUCGAGAAGAUGUAUCUACUACAGCAAAUAGUUUAUCAGAAGAUUUACGAUUUUGGUUAUCAGAGAAUAGUAUAUCUCAGAAAGCUGCAAGUAAUUUGAUUUCUAUAUUUCGAAAUCAUGGACAUCAAGACGAGUUAAAAAAAGAUGUAAGGACUCUAAUGAAAACCCCUCGUGAUGUCACAGGAAAAAUUAUUCAUGGCAAUGGUGGUUCGUAUUUUCAUUUUGGAAUUUCAAACGGAUUGAUUCGUUCUCUCAAUAAAUACUAUGAUGUCAAUCCUGAUGUUAUUUUAAUCCAACUUAAUUGUGAUGGAAUGUCGUUUUCAAAAUCAUCUAAUAGUCAAUUUUGGCCUCUGCUAGCUGCAAUUGAAGCGGAUUUUUAUACGGAACCAUUUUUGAUCGGCCUUUUUCAUGGCUUUUCUAAGCCCAAUGAUUUUAAUGUUUACAUCAAUCCCUUUGUUGAUGAAAUGAAAGACUUACAAAACAAUGGGAUCAUGAUUAACAAUAAAACAAUUGAUGUUCGACUUAAUGCAAUCAUUUGUGAUGCCCCGGCUCGAGCAUAUUUGACACUGACGAAAUCCCAUAGUGGAUAUUUUGGUUGCUCUAAAUGUAUUCAGGAAGGAGAGUGGGAUGGUUAUGUAAACUUUCCGGAGAUUAAUAACCCUCUUCGAACAGAUGAGUCGUUUAGAAAUCAGCAGCAAGAGGAUUACCACCUAGGAGAAUCUCUGCUCCUUGAUUUGGAUUUUGAUAUGGUAUCACAAAUUCCUCUAGAUUAUCAGCACUUAAUAUGUUUAGGAGUAACGAAGCGACUUUUGCUUCGCUGGUGUAAUGGUCCAAAAAAUCAGAGACUGUCAAAGGAUAAAUUAAAUGCCAUUAAUGAAACUUUACAGGCCAUAAAAGUUUGUAUUCCAACUGAAUUUGCAAGACAACCAAGACUUUUAGAUACCGUUGCAAAAUGGAAGGCUACUGAGUGUCGUCAAUUCUUGCUCUAUACGGGUCCAAUUAUACUAAAAACGAUUAUGGGUCCUCGAAAAUAUAAUCAUUUCAUGGCGUUAAGUGUUGCUAUUAGAGGUUUAUGUGAUACUCAAAAAUACCUAGUGUAUAGUGAUUAUGCUGAUCAAUUAUUAAGAUGGUUUGUCGAAGAGUAUAGAAAAUUGUAUGGAUCGAGUUCAAUAUCGUACAAUGUUCAUAAUUUAAUUCAUUUAGCAAGUGACUGUAAAAAAUUUGGACCGUUAGAUAACUUCAGUACAUUUAAAUUUGAAAAUUACAUGUCUACUAUUAAAAACAAAGUGAAGAACGCACCAAAACCAUUAGAACAAGUAGUGAAUCGUACACACGAAGAAAAUUCAUUACCAGUCAUUAAAAACAUUGUUAGACCAAAUUUAGAAGUCGAGGAAAAAAAUGAUAAAAUUAUCGCUCUGAAAUUUAAUGGUUUUACUAACCAUGUGACUCUAAAAAUUUAUGUAUUUACUCUAUAAAAAGAAAUAGUACUUCAAAACUAACAACUGUUGGAACGAACUCUAUCAAGUCAAAAUGUUUAUAUUUUUCAUAUCCAAACUGUAAUAAUUUC